CUCGUGGCCGCCGCGUCCGCCGUAGCCGCGGUUGAAGUACCUCAGUGGAGGCGGGGAUAGAAGUCUUGUCGAUGGCCCCACUUCCAGGGGCCGAGCUGGUCCAGAGGCCACUGCAGCUCUACCGAUACCUGCUACGCUGUUGCCGGCAGCUGCCAACCAAGGGCAUUCAGGAGCAUUACAAGCAUGCUGUCCGGCAGAGUUUCCGAGUUCAUUCAGAUGAGGACAACCCUGAGAGGAUCCAGCAGAUUAUUAAACGAGCCAUUGAAGAUGCCGACUGGAUCCUGAACAAAUAUAAAAAACAAAACUGAGACUCCAGGGCCUAAAGAGUGACGCUGCCUUGGAGACACGGCCGUGGAGAGCCCUCGCUUUGCCUGGCGCUAACAGCAGCAGCAGUCUGGGGAUACCCACUGGCCUCGUUGGCUGGGAGCAGGAAAUCAGGGGUAGGAGAAGCUGACAUCUGCUCAGACGGUUCUUCUCUCGUCUUCUUGUGUCCCCAGCAUCCUUUAUGUUUGCUUUUCUAGCCAUUAUGAUGGGAAGUUUGGGGAGAAUGUGUUCUCACUUUGCUCUAAAAGUGAUUCAUUUACUCUGGACGUCAUUCUUUGAGACCUGGAGCUGGCGUCCCCUCAGAUGGCAGCCUGUACAGAGGACAGAGCAUGGGUUUUAGAACCAGACAGAGCUGGGUUUGAAUCCCAGCUUAGCAGCUUUUCAAGGGUGUUGGCUUCAAGCCCAGUUUCCUUCUUCGUGAGUAUUAAAUAAGAUAAAAUUGAAGAGCCUGACGCGGGACAUGGUAUGCAGGGGUGCUGGUAAAUGUCUGUCGGAGGAAGCCGUCCUCUGCCAUUGCCGCCAUGCUCUGCACAUCUCUCUAGUGCCAUCCACGUCUUAGUUCAUUGUGGGCUUGUCCUGUCCCUGCUUGUCACCCUGAGCCCUCACAGUUUCACCGAGCCCAGCAGUCUACCCAGCAGCUGCUCUUGCUGACACCACGCCUUCCUGCCCAGAGCAGCAGAAGCCCUGGUCCUUGCCUUCACUGAGUGUACAGUGUCCCAGAGCCAGUGGAACGCAGCCUGUGUGAAACAAGGAAGAACACCAGAGCAGCUGCGAGAAACGCCAGCGCUUUCAGGCUGCCACGAACUUGCAGUCUGUUUUGACCGGCUCUUCCCUACUUUGCCUCCAUCUUGGAAGAAAGGCAGGAGGAACAGCAGUCAUAUGAGUCCGAAAUCGGUGGAGAAAGCAGACCUGGGUCGCAUCCCAAUUCCACGCAAGUUGCUCUGGGUAACUUACCUCACCUCCUUCAGCCUGAGUUUCCCUGUCUCUCUAGGGGAGUGAUGACUGUACCUGCCUCAUUGGGUUGUGGCAAAGAGUCAUGAGCCCUAAAGUACCCAAGUGCUUCACCCAAACUCAGCCUGGGGAGCCAGAUGGGGAGACAGGAGCUCAGAGAGGCUGAGCCCAUUUUCAGGGUCACAAAGCUGCUAAGACAGGUCUGUCUAAAUCUGCCAAACACUACAGAUUUAGGAGAGCAAGGAGAGCAACAGGGAAAGAGGAUGGAGGUGGGAAGAGUGAAGGGAGAGAGGAAAGGAGGAGGAAGGGAGGAGGGAGAGCAGCAGGGAAUGUCGGGAUGACUGGCUGGAGUGGGCGGAGCAGCCAGAAGACACGGAGAGAAGCCACGUUGGGAUGUGAGUGACCCCCAAGGACUCCCAGCCAGAGGAUGAGCUAGCGUGCGUUUGUAUCCUCGCAGUCACGUGACUUAAAGUGACUCAGACACGUCUGUGUGCACUCAACUGAUCAGCUAAUAAUGAAGUAAAUACAUCAGUUUGUGAAAGCUCUUGUGUUUCCCUACCGUGUGCUGCCACACUAGCUGUUGAGGCCUAGAGGCUGGCAGAUGGAAAGCUGCCUGGGAAGGAUCAUUCUUCAGAGUCUCAAUUCAUUAACUGAAAUGACCAGUCUUAGGUAAAAAUAAAAUUUCAGAACUUGAAUUAAGGUUGAAGUAUCUCCCCUCUUCCAGUUUGGAUCUGCUGCAGUGGGAAACCUGCUGUCACAGAAGGGGGACAUGGGUGGGCUUUCUU